AUGUUUACCCCUCAGAAGAAGACUUGGUCUUGGUCGCUGACCCCUAGGAGGGAUCAGAAUCGCUCUGGUGCCACUGCUUCUGGCUCCAGCCCUCCUAAUGGAGAGAGUUUAGGGAAAGAAAAAGAUUCUUUAUCUGAGAAAAUUAGCCAUCUUGAAACUGAGCUGUAUGAUUACCAGUACAACUUGGGACUUUUAUUGAUAGAGAAAAAAGAAUGGACAGCCCAGCAUGAAGAACUUAAGAACAGUUUGGCAGAGAUAACUGAAGCUUAUAAAAGAGAGCAGGCAGCCCAUCUGAUUGCUAUAUCUGAAGUAGAGAAGCGAGAAGAGAAUUUGAGGACCGCAUUGGGGACUGAAAAGCUGUGUGUACUUGAUCUAGAGAAAGCCCUACGUGAUAUGAGGUCAGAACAUGCAGAGAUCCAGUUCACAGCUGAUUCAAAGUUAAAUGAGGCAAAGUCUUUGGUUGCUAGCGUUGAACAAAAAUCUUUGGAGGUGGAAGCAAAAUUGCGUGCGGCAGAUGCAAAGAUUGCCGAGGUGAACAAGAAGACUUCAGAAUUUGAAAGGAAAUCACAGGAGUUGGUGGCCCAAGAAAAUGCACUUCGACGGGAACGUUUAUCAUUCACUACAGAAUGUGGAAUGCAGGAGGCAAAUUUGGCUAAACAAAGGGAAGACCUGCGAGAGUGGGAACAGAAAUUACAUGAGUCAGAGGAGAGGCUUGCUGAAAGUCGAACGUUGCUUAACCAGAGAGAGCAGAGAGCUAAUGAAAAUGAUAACUUGUGGAAGCAGAAACAGAAAGAACUUGAAGACGUGCGGAGGAAGGUUGAUGAGGCAAACUCAUCUUUGAAAGAAAAAGAAGAAGAUAUGGCGAAACGUCAAGCAGCCCUCUUUUUGUUAGAGAAGGAAGCUGAAGACAUGAGAAAGAGUUUGGAAAUGAAAGAGAAGCAGUUGAUUGAACUCGAGGAAAAGCUGAAUGUUAGAGAGAAAGUGGAAAUGGAGAAACUCUUGGAUGAACACAAGGCAACCUUGGAUGGUAAGGAAAAGGAGUUUGAGUUGGAGUUGGAACAGAAGAGAAGUUCAGCGGAUCAGGAAUUAAAAACUAAGGCAGGUGAAGUGGAGAAGAAGGAAGCUGAGCUUAAUCACAUGGAAGAGAAGAUCAGAAAAAGAGAACAAGCACUGGAGAAGAAAAUGGAGAAACUGAAAGACAAAGAGAGUGAAUUUGAUUUGAAGUCUAAAGCACUGAAGGAAAAGGAGAAGUCCUUGAAAAAUGAGGAAAAGAACAUGGGGAAUGAGAGGAAGCAGAUAGGUUCUGAAAAAGAGAGCCUGCUUUCUCUGAAGGUUGAGCUGGAGAAACUUAAAUCUGAUGUUGAAAAUCAGCAACUUAAGAUUCGGGAAGAGACAGAACUGCUUAAAGUUACUGAAGAAGAAAGGUCAGAACAUGCUAGGUUGCAGUUGGAACUUAAACAGGAAAUAGACAAGUCUAGAAUCCAAAAUGAACUGCUUUUGAAGGAGGGUGAGGAUUUAAGGCAGGAAAGAUUGAGGUUUGAAAAGGAAUGGGAAGAACUAGAUGAGAAAGGUGCAAAGAUUAAGAAGGAACUUGCUGAUAUUGCCGAGGAGAAAAAGAACAUUGAGAAAUUUAAGUGGUCCGAGGAAGAAAGGUUGAAGAAAGAGAAGCUGGAGACAGAGAGUUAUGUUAAAAGGGAGCUGGAAGCUCUUGAACUGGCCAGAGAAUCAUUUGCUGCUAAUAUGAAGCAUGACAGGACUAUGCUGGAUGAAGAAAUUCAAAGUAAGAAAAGCCAAUUGCUCAAUGAACUUGAAAUCCAGAAGAGGGAACUUGAGACCGAAAGGGAGAAGCAGCGGGAAGAGAUGGAGUCUCAACUCCGUGAAAUGGAGAAAUCUUUUGAGGAGAAAAAGGAGGAAGAACUUAAAAAUAUCAAUUAUCUUAGGGAUGUGGCCCAUAGAGAAAUGGAAGAGAUGAAGUUGCAAAGACAUGUAAUAGAUAAAGAAAAAGAAGAAAUUUCUGCUAAUAAGGAGCAACUUGAGAAGCAGCAUCUUGAAAUGCGGAAGGACAUUGAUGAUCUUGUUGGUCUGAGCAGGAAGUUGAAAGACCAGAGGGAACAAUUCAUCAAAGAAAGACAGCGAUUUAUUGCGUUUGUUGAAAAUUUGAAGAGUUGUGGAAAUUGCAUGGAGUUAAUUCGUGAGUUUGUGCUUACUGAUCUUCAAUCUUUAAAUGAAAUUGAUAAUGAUGAGGCUCAUUUGCUGCCCAGGGUUGUUGAUAAUCAUCUGAAAGAUGCUGUUCCAGGUACUUCUAAAAGGGUAAAUGCAAACCAAUCACCCAUAGUAGGUGAUAUAGGCUCCCCAGGAACUGUAUCGUGGCUCCGAAAAUGUACAGCAAAGAUACUUAGAUUUUCUCCUGGCGGAACAACUGCACCAAAUGCUACUCAAGGUCUUAAUGGUGGGGACUUAUCUGGAAAAUUAGUUACUGUAGAGUCAAAGAAAGUACCUAUUAGCAAUGAAAUUGAACCAGAAACUUUAGGGUUUGCUGAAGAUUCUCUUGAUGUUGAAAAAAUUCAGUCUGAGAAUAGUAUGAGAAAUUUGGAUGGCGGCCCUGAUCCAUCAGUUGAUGACCAAAGAUCCCAUCCUUCAAAUACUAAGCGAGGCAAGCGCAAACCAGUCAGGAGAGGCAGAUCUCGGGUUACGGGUGGGAAAUUUGGGCAGGCAAAUGUUGCAGAUAAGACGGCUAAUCAUGUAGGAUCAUCUUCAGAUAACAAGGGUCAAUAUGAUAACGGUAAUAUUCAGGCGAGUGAAGGAAUGCCGAUGGAAUCAGGACCGCCAUCAAAUGCUAGAAAGCGGAAGGGUGUGUUACAACCAACUAUUAGUGGGAAUAAUGAUGAAUACAGUGAACAUUCUGCUAGCGUCACAGGUGAAGGGCCCAGGAGAAGAAAACAGAAAGUCACGGAGCCGGUUCAAGAUUUUGGUGAAAACCGGUACAAUUUCCGAAGGCCUCGAAGGGGCGCGGCUGCUGCUGCUGCUGCUGCGACUAACGGAAGUUUGGCGAAGGAAACAGAGUUCAGUCAAAGAAGUCAUGCAGAGCAAAUAUCUAGCACAAAGAAUACCCCUUCCAAUACUCUUGAAGUCGGUGGAGGUGCAAGAGAAGAGACUCGAGAUUCUAAUGCUGCUCCUGCUGCUUCUGAGGGUGCUAAUGGAGAUGCUGGUGCAGUAAAAAGCAUUCAGGAUCAUGAGUUUUCGGCUGACAGCCCUAUUCUGUCGAAAGAUGCAGCCCUUGCCCAGGAAGCUGUUAGCAACUCCGCAAACCUCGCCGAAGGUGAUGUUGGUACUAGCGAGGAAGUUAUUGGGACACCGGAGUGCGGAAAGAGGGAGAGCAAUUUGGAGAAUAGCGGUGAACCUAUGGACGAUGAAGAAGACGAUGAUGAUGAGGACGAUGAAGUUGAACACCCUGGUGAAGUCUCCAUGGGAAAAAAGCUGUGGAAUUUUCUUACGACGUGA